GACAGUGCAGCCAGAUAUUUCCACCUCAUCUCGGCUCAUCACAGAUUAUCUACGGAAAUGGUACCACUGUUGGCUCAGUAAUUACAUUUCGUUGUUCUGAAGAGCAUCAGCUGAUCGGUCAAGGAGUUGUCACAUGCGUUUGGAAAGAAAAUGCUACACAGUGGACAGCUGAUACUCCUUCAUGUAUGCCCAUACCCAAGUAUGAAACCUUUGGAUUUAAAGUUGCUGUGAUUUCCUCCAUUGUGAGCUGUGCCAUUAUUCUCCUGAUGUCCAUGGCUUUUUUAACCUGUUGUCUUAUCAAAUGUAUUAAGAAAAAUGAAAGAAGGAGGGCUCAAAGGGAUAUGCAGUUCUGGUACCAGCUCAGAAGUGAAGAGCUAGAAAACAUGCAAGCAGCUUACUUUGGUUUUAAAGGCGGAAAUAACAACAACAAUAAAAAAAUUAAAAACCAGCCGGAGUCUGAUGGUGGUAGUAACGUGGCAUAUGACAACCAAGGCUUCUGCAGCUUCAAAGAAGACUGGACUAGAGACAUGGCAGAAACAGGCUGUUCUGGAGAACAUAACUUUCAAAAUAAGUCAACUAAAACCAGUAAGGCACUUGGUAAAGAGUUGGUUCCUGGACAUAAUGUUGGCAUAGACAACAUCCGUACAGUACAUGCUGUAGAAGUCUAUGGGCAUGACAAGGAUAUCCUUGGAAAACUGCAUACUCACUUACCUGGAUAAAUGACCUCAACUGUUAAAGUUGUCCUGGACCAAAGCAAAUUGUGAAUACACAUAUUUACUGAAUGUGCCUUAAAAACAAUACAAAAAAAUAAAUGUCUGGACUGUCCCUUAUGUAUCUGUUGCAGUAAAUGUCUGACUAUAGCUAUAAUUUAGCAAAUCUCCAAAAAUUUGGAGAACUAAAUCCAGUUUCACUAAACACACACACACACACACUUGAUGUUUACUAGGGCAGUGCACGCUUCAAAAAUGAUUGGGAAGAAAUGCCUUGGAUUUGCACAAGCACAGGCACCUCCUGUUCAUUAAAGAAGCACAACUUUGUUCAGAACUUUGUGAGCUUCAGUAAAAGGUGCUGCUGCUUUAAUGAAUGGGACAGAGGUGCUGUGCUGUGUUCCAAAGCACUUCGGAAUUAUUUUUUGAUGUGUGUGCACAUCUACGAUUUAACAUCAAGCUACCAUUUCUAUACUUUGCUUAAAAAAAAUAAAGGGAUCACAUCAAGAAAGGAAUUGUAUGUUGUUUUAAUAUGUGUUUCAAUAUUGUCUCUUAACAGUUUGCAUCUUUUCUGCAUGUGGAAAUCCUGACAAUAGUGAGGAUAAACACAGAACUGCAAAUUUAGUUUACCUUCUCUUUUUAUAGACAUAUCAGAAUGAAAUAAAAUGUAUUUUUGCACAAUAAGA